AUGGAUUCAGCGACAACAGCUCCUCCCCCAUCGCAGGAGCUGGACCUGGACAACCUCAAAGCCCUCAAAGUCCUAGGAAAAGGUGCCAUGGGGACUGUCUUCCUCGUCCACGACACAACCACCAAGUCCCACUUCGCGUUGAAAGUGGUGGACAAAACGUGCCUCCACGCGAAGCUCGACGCGGAACGCCGAGCGCGUUGGGAAAUCCAAGUCCUCUCAACCCUCUCGCACCCCUUCCUCCCUUCUCUCAUGGGAACAUUCGAGUCCCCACAGUUAUUAGCGUGGGCCCUACCCUACUGCCCCGGCGGCGACCUCAACGUCCUCCGCUACCGCCAAACCGACCGCACCUUCUCCCCCGCCGUCAUCCGCUUCUACGUAGCGGAAAUCAUCUGCGCGCUCGACCACCUCCAUUCCAUGGGCAUCGCAUACCGCGACCUUAAACCCGAAAAUGUCCUCGUCCAAAACACCGGCCACGUCACCCUCACCGAUUUCGACCUCUCCCGCAAACUCACCCUCAAACCUAAACCCCUCCUUCCUUUGAUCCCCGACCCCAAUCUCAAACUCCCAGAACCCCGCCGCAAACACCGCCGCAACUUCUCCCGCUGGAUCCCUCAUCUUCCCCUCGAAGGGACUCGUAGGCACGCCAACUUCAACGCCCUCAAGAAGACCAAGUCCGCGCGAGUCAGCCCGGUGAGUCGACGAAAACUGAGUUUCUCCAACGGCGAACGCUCCAACUCGUUCGUCGGCACCGAGGAAUACGUCUCGCCGGAGGUCGUCCGAGGCGACGGUCACGAGUUCGCGGUCGAUUGGUGGGCCCUCGGAAUCCUCAUCUACGAAAUGCUCUACGGUACCACGCCGUUCAAAGGCAAGAAUCGCAAGGAAACGUUCCGCAACGUCCUCGUGAAGUCGCCGGAGUUCGUCGGGAAGAGAACCGCGCUGACGGACCUUAUCGAGAAGCUACUGAAGAAGGAUCCGACGAGGCGGUUGGGCUACACGCGCGGCGCUGAUGAAAUCAAGGAGCAUGAAUUCUUCCGAGGGGUGCAGUGGGAGCUUUUGACGGAGGUGGUGCGGCCGCCGUUCAUUCCGUCUCGAGACGACGGCACCGCCGAGUCGUUAGAGAUGAUUUCGGCCGGGAAUCGUGGCUUGAAUAUUAGGGAUUACUUUCAGAGUCGAAGAUCGUUGCCGGCUUCGCCGUCGCCGUCGCCAUCGCCGUCGUGUAGGUUUAAGAAGAAUGUUUCUUUAACGGAAUUCUAA